GUCGGAUAAUAUCCGUACGAUGCCACGGACCGUGUAGCUGGGAAUGAUGAUUUUCUGUAGCACCGGUGACAUUUGGAAUAUCUCGCAUGAGUACUUAUAGAACCCCUUUUCUUAUUCCCUUUUGGUAGCUUGGCAACUGCAUCUUGUAAGCACACUAGAGAAACCCUUUUCGAUAAGCCUUAUACCCCAAGAUCUUCGUGAUGAGGUUGGAAACUCUUGAUGGCUACGGCACUAGGGGGCCUGAGACUCAGUCUCCAACGGCUAUAAAAGGUCUUGGUGAUUCUUCAGUUGGUUCACCACUUCAACAGCAGCAGGACUUGAACCUAUCCCCUUUGCUCUCGGUACUUGAGAAAUCGGCACACACGACAGCCGGUUUACGUUUCGUAUCAGAACGCAAUGGUGGCCUAGCUGCAGAACGCUUGACUUAUGCUUCACUCUGGUCCAGAGCCCAGAAUGACGCAUGUUCCUUGAUAAGUCUUCGACUAGCUCAACCAACACGGGGUUCCAGCAAUGUUUUGCUAUAUUUCAACACCAACAGCGAUAACAUUCGCUGGUUCUGGGCUGUACUGGCGGCGGGUGGUGUACCUUGUAUUGCACCACCUUUCGUGAGCGAUGCAAGGUUGAGAAGAGAUCACAUCGCGCACUUAAUACAUCUGCUGGAAAAUCCCACUAUCUUGACAACUGAAGCAUUGUCCUCGGUGUUCGAAGACGACGUCAAUGCGAGCAUCCAAACGAUAGAAUCGUUACCGGUGGAGACAGAACUUACAUUUAAGGCGCCGGCUCCACCUACGGACGAUGGUCUUGCAGUCCUUAUGCUCACAUCUGGGAGUACAGGAAAUGCAAAAGCUGUCUGCCUCAACCACGAACAGAUGCUCCAAGCAGCUGCUGGAAAGAGUGCUCACAGCAAGACAAAUAGCAAAGACGUGUUCUUGAACUGGAUUGGCCUGGACCAUGUUGCCAACCUUGUAGAGAUACAUCUACAUGCUAUGUCGCUGGGCGCAGAGCAAGUCCACGUUCAGGCCAGCCAUCUUCUCGCUGAUCCUCUCCUUUUCCCCCGGCUCAUAAACCAACAUCGUGUCAGCGUAACAUUUGCUCCGAAUUUCUUCCUCGAUUUAGUCGUCUCUCAAACGCUCGAGAAAGACCCCGAACUACAUAACCCCGCGCAGCUUGAUCUAUCAAGUCUACGCGCACUCUUUUCCGGGGGUGAGACUAAUGUGGUUAAAACCGCAGUGGAAUUGACCAGGAUUUUCCAGGCUUACGGGACUAAAACCGAGUUCAUAUGUCCUGGCUAUGGCUUGACUGAGUCAUGCGCCGGCCUGACAUGGGGAUUUAAUUGCCCCUCUUACGAUGUGAAGUCAGGGAGUGAAUUUACCUCUGCUGGGGCCCCAAUACCAGGGGGUUUUGUCCGAGUUGUGAACCAUGACGGCAUUCAGGUGCCCCCUGGCGAAAUAGGGGAUCUCCAACUUUCGGGCCCUGUGAUAUUCAAGAAAUACUACAGAAACCCUGAGGCGACCAAAGAAGCCUUUACUCAAGAUGGAUGGUUUAUUACCGGAGACCAAGCCCGCAUAGACUCCAAUGGCCAAUUACACAUCGUCGGCCGCGUUAAAGACACGAUCAAUAUGAAUGGGGUCAAAUACUUCUGCUCUGAGGUGGAGACGGCUAUCGAACAAAUCAAGCUACCUGGAGUAGCCCCUUCAUGCACGGUCGUCUUCCCUCAUCGUCCCCAAGGCGCAAGCACUGAAGAGUACUGUAUUGUUUAUAAACCGACCGAGGACGAUGUCACCGGAGAAUCCCGAGCAUACAUUGAUGACAACAUAAGUCGAAUUUCCAGUGUGAUCACGAAUAAAAAGCCUUUCAGGAUAAUCCCACUGCCAGAGUCUUCCUUUUACCGAAGUUCCUUAGGAAAGCUGUCGCGAGCAAAAUUUCGAAAGGCUUUCGAAGCGGGGGAUUUCCAGGAGGCGGACGAGUCUAACAGGUCAUCAAUCCAUGCCUUCAGGAUGGCUAACCGUGAUGCUCCAUCCAAUCCAGCCGAAGAGUCGGCACUCAAUCUUGCUUGCGACAUGCUCGGCCUGCAGGCGGAAGAAGUGAGCGUGACGGACAACAUCUUCCACCUGGGCUUCAGCUCCCUGGAUAUCAACGCCUUCGCUUGCCGGCUGCAGAAAGCUCUCGGAUCCAAAAACGCGAUAACGCUCACCGAAGUUUUGCGAAACCCGACAAUUCGUUCCAUUUGCACCGACAUAGAUGAUAGCAAGCAUCCGGAUGAGUCUUACGACCCUGUAGUCGUGCUCCAGCCAAAUGGAGACAAGACACCAUUCUGGAUCGUACAUCCCGCAUCCGGAAACGUGCUCGUUUUCAUACCCCUUUCGCGAUAUCUUAGCGACCGACCCGUGUACGGUCUGCGUGCUCGUGGAGUCCGCCUUGGCGAGAGGUUCUUCGGAUCUGUUGAUGAAAUGGCGACAACUUACUUCCACGGCAUCAAACGCACUCAACCUGAAGGUCCCUAUGCAAUUGCUGGAUAUUCACUCGGAAGCAGUGUUGCCUUUGAGGUUGCCAAACUGUUGAUCGCCAAUGGUGAUGAAGUUCGCUUCGUGGGUGCCCUUGACAGCCCACCGGACAUAGCACCAUUAGUCGGCAAUCUCACAUGGAGCGCUGCUCUUGUUAUGGUUAGCUUCUUUCUGGGACUUAUCCCUGAAAGAUACUCAAAUGAAGUGAUCCCACGCCUCUGGAAUGAGGCUCCAGAUGUGGCGCUGGAGUUCAUUAUGUCCAACGCUGAGCCGGCACGCCUGGAGGAACUACAACUUGACAGGACAGGACUUUCGCGAAUUGCUGAUAUAGCGCAUAACUUUGGCAUGGCAGCUCGCAAAUACGAGCCUGUGGGGUCGGUGCCGACAAUGGAUGUCUUUGUUGUCGACCCUCUCCUCAGCGUCACAGAGGGCGGUCGCAAAGAGUGGCAUGACAAAUUUUUAUACAAGUGGAAGGACUUUGUCACCCAGGAUUUGAAAUUCCAUCAGAGCUCUGGAAGUCAUGCCGACAUGUUGGGUCCCAAGCAUGUGCGCGUUUUCCAGCGGAUCCUUCAAGAUAUUCUCGUCGCUAGGGGUCUUUGAGAGCUCUGGGCUUGUUUGGUGAAAGGAAAUAUGGGAACUUUCACAUAUCACUCUUUUCAGGAUUUUUUUAAAAGAUAUAUUGGCCCAUAACCCGUAUCAAUAUCCUUUCCUUCACUAGGUAGAAUGAUAAUGACCAUGACGAAGUAAAUGAGAUUUCCAAUAAUUUUUCUCAAAUCUCAGCUGAAACAGAGUGGCUGAAUGUCUACGCACAGUGCUGUGGAAUGCCUCGCACUAUAAGGUACCUAUCAAUGAUUCAUUUACGCUC